AUGUCGUGUUACUGUUACCCGAGCUACCUUGGGAGGAAGCAACGGGGAAGAGGGGGGAGAAUCCGCGCGCGCAGCAGCAGAGCAGCUGACGUCACUGCAGAGAUCGCUGACGCAGCUUCUGUGCGUGAUGGGAAAUCUGGCGAGCGCGAUGCGUGCAUGGCAGGGCGGGCACAGUCGCUGGGCUUUAAGGACCUCCAGCUGAAGCUGCUGCUGGCGGAAGCUGCCCUGCCCGCCCCCUUCUCCAUGAUGAUGGGCUCUGGCGCUAGGGAGGAGGGGGAGGGGGUGGGUGGGGAGAGUGGGGGAGCUGAGGCCUCGUUGGGAGAUUUCGUAGAUGCGUGCAUGGCAGCACGGGCGCAAUCCCUGGGCUUUAAGGACCUCCAGUUGAAGCUGCUGCUGGCGGAGGCUGCCCUGCCCGCCCCCUUCUCCAUGAUGAUGGCUGCUGGCUCUGGGGAGGAGGGGGAGGCGGAGGGGGGAGCGGGGGAGGGGGGGAGAGCGGGUGGGAGAGAACGAGAAGGAAGAGUGGAGGGUGAGGAGAAGAGGGAGGGGGAGGAGGGGAGACGAGGGGGAAGAGAGGAAGGGGUGGAAGGAGGGGCAGCAGGGAGUGGAGAUGGGAAGGGGGGUGGAAGGGGAGAGGAGGGAGAUGAGGAGGGGGUGAGAGAGGUGGGAAAGGAGGAGAGAGUGGAGGGGGAUUUGGAUAGUGACGAUGAGAGAAGGAGCAGCGCUCUUAAAGCCCUUCGAGGGCCCUUUCUGGCUGAGUGUGACCGCAGCCCCGCUUAUGCUUGCUUCCUUGUCCCUCCUCAUUUCUUCCCCUCCAACCACACAAUCUUCAUUCUGGUCAUCCACAGAAGGUAUGAGUUCUGUCUUUCACUCUCUCCUCCCGUUCUCAACCCCGUUGUCAAUCUCACCCCUUCUCUUCUCACGUUCUCACCCUCUCUCAUCUCCUGUUCCCACCCCCUCUCACCUCCCUUUCUCGCCCCCUCUCACCCCCGGUCCUCCGCAGGAGGUGCGGGUUCGAACGCUGUGGACAACAUAAGGAGUGGAGAGGGGUACGAGGGAGUUGUGUCAGCAGACGGUUCUCAGCCUCCUGACCCUACCGAUGGGUUUGUGCAGCAGGUGGGUGUGAACGUCAAGGCAGCAUUUGACCAAGGCAGGGACUACAACUUCGUGCGGAUGGAGCAGGUACUAUCUGGUCAGGAAGCCCAGGCAACACCAGUGCCGCCCUCCAUAGCCACCCUGCAGCAGAUCCAGCUUCUCAUUCUGUUGGCACUUUCCAAAGGCAUGGCUGCCACCGCAUAA